AUGCGUCGUUUACCGAGGCUGGGAAGCUCAGCUACCGUGGCAGCUCUGCCUAUGUCGUCAACAGCUUGUCUCCGGACACCUGCAGCGAGUUUGUUCAAAUGCGAAAUCGCCCUGACUUCGGCGACGCAGCCACACAGCGUCCCACGGCAACGGCACCAGGUCUGGGCCAACCGGUUCCAGAGCCAACGGCGAUGCCUGUCGUCUGCACCUCCCCCGCCUGCCUCUACCCCCGAAAAGGCUGUCGACGGUGCCUCAGACGUAGACACACAAAACAUCCAACUCUCGGCGAGCCAAUCCCGUAGGCGCCUCCGGGCCCGCCUGCCCAAGACUGAUCUCACGAUCCCCCGCAAACAACGCACUGUGCCACGGCCGGCCGAUAUUCCGGAUGCCGAGUACGUGCCGGCCGAGUCGGGUCUCGGCCUCGAAGAGGUUGGCGGUCUGGAAGGCUGGUGGGACAACCCGGCACAUUGGGGACCUUCCAAGAAUUACGUUGGGUUCGGGCUGCAGGAGAAGGUGAUGGACGCGGCCUUGCUCCAGGUGCUCGCCAGGAAGGCCUUGGUCGAGGCUAUCGCUCUGAAGGACAAGUUCGAGUCCAAGAUCAAAAACUAUAGACGGGUGGACCCAACCCCCGCCGAGUUUCGGAUGGCUGAGCUUGUCAGGAUUUCGAGCAAAGAGAUCCUGGUCGCAGAGGAUGGUUCUCCGACCAUGGCGCAGCACGACGUAUACAAGACCCUGAAAGCCCUGAGCCACCGGCUGCCGGUGGCCGAGGGCGAAGUUCUCCCCAAGCCUGUCGGCCCAGAAAUGACGCCCGAAGAAGCAAAGGAGCUGCUAGAGUCGUGGGACCGCAAUUGGAAGGCGGCCUCUAUCGAAGACCCGGCCCUCAGGUUUUAUUUGGUCAAGCGGAUCCAGCGGCUUACCGGGCACGUCAUCCCAGAUGCCAAGCUGGUAGGAGUCAGGCACAUGGGCGGGCUACUCUCGGUGCUCGUGAAGCCACCCAAGGCCUUGAAGCUGGCCGAGCUGAUCACUACAAAGAGUCUUCUGCCGACGCUUCCCAACGUGAAGAUAUACCCGCGGAGAGUGACGCCUGUGGACAAGGAGAAGAUGGUGGGCCGCUGGAAGCUUAUCCAGAAGGAGCUCCAAGAGCGCGGUCUGCCUGUCGUUGGCACCGAAGGUUACGGAGCGGCGGUCGAAAAGAAGUGGGUUACGGGCAAUUAA